GAACUUUUUAAACGGGAAAAGGAGAAGAAGGGAGAGGAGGAAGAAGAGGCGGGGGCAGCACCCGCCCGAGCGCUUCCUCUCAACGCUUGUUCGGGAAACAGGCUUUCCCCGCUGCCGUGGCCGGAGGAUGCGCUUCUCUCCCCCGUCGGACUCCGCGGGCGGGCUGUGGGAGCUCCGGCAAGGCACCGCUGAGCGCAGCUCCGCGGAUCCAGGUUUGCCUUUCAGGCUGCUUUUGACUACUCUGGACAGUAGCAACAUGUUGACACUGGUAUGAUUCUUCUCAACUGUACUGCUGCAGAUGGGAUGGAAUGAAAAGGAAUGAAAAUCGAUAGAACUUGUCGAUAUUCCUUCGGGUAUAGCAUGGCAAAUAUCUGAGCAGCAGCAGCAGAGGAGACCUGCAAACAAAAACAAAAUAGAAGCCAUUAACCUACCUUGCUCUGAGAGAACACUAAAUCAUCGCAAUAUGGCACAGCAUAGUAUUGUCCUUGGAUUAUUCAUGAUGACUGUUUUAUCACUGUUGGAUGGAGGUUCAGCUUUCCUGUUAAAUCAGCGUCUGAAGGGAAGGUUUCAAAGAGACCGUAGAAACAUCCGCCCAAACAUCAUCCUUGUUCUUACUGAUGAUCAGGAUGUGGAACUUGGUUCUAUGCAGGUGAUGAAUAAAACAAGGCGGAUCAUGGAACAUGGAGGUGCCCAUUUCAUCAACGCCUUUGUGACAACGCCCAUGUGCUGCCCAUCUCGCUCUUCUAUUCUCACAGGGAAGUACGUCCACAACCACAACACUUACACUAACAAUGAGAACUGUUCUUCUCCAUCCUGGCAGGCUCAGCAUGAAAUACGUACGUUUGCAGUGUACCUCAACAACACAGGAUACAGGACAGCUUUCUUUGGAAAGUACCUUAAUGAAUACAAUGGCUCCUAUGUGCCUCCUGGUUGGAAGGAGUGGGUUGGAUUACUUAAAAACUCUCGAUUUUACAACUACACACUCUGUAGAAAUGGAGUGAAGGAGAAGCAUGGAUAUGACUACUCCAGGGAUUAUCUAACUGAUCUCAUUACCAAUGACAGUAUUACCUUCUUCAGAAUCUCAAAGAAGAUGUAUCCUCACAGACCUGUACUGAUGGUUAUAAGCCAUGCUGCUCCUCAUGGCCCUGAAGAUUCAGCUCCUCAGUACUCACAUCUCUUUCCUAAUGCCUCGCAACACAUCACUCCCAGUUACAACUAUGCUCCAAACCCAGACAAGCACUGGAUAAUGAGGUAUACAGGUCCCAUGAAACCAAUACACAUGGAGUUCACUAACAUGCUACAGAGAAAGCGCCUUCAAACACUCAUGUCUGUGGAUGACUCUAUGGAGAUGAUUUACAAUAUGUUGGUUGAAACAGGUGAACUGGACAAUACAUAUAUAAUAUACACAGCAGACCAUGGUUAUCAUAUUGGGCAGUUUGGAUUAGUGAAAGGAAAGUCCAUGCCAUAUGAGUUUGAUAUCAGAGUCCCUUUCUAUGUCCGAGGUCCAAAUGUGGAGGCUGGAUCCUUGAAUCCUCACAUUGUGUUGAAUAUUGAUCUUGCACCUACAAUUCUAGAUAUUGCUGGACUGGAUAUUCCAUCUGAUAUGGAUGGUAAAUCCAUCCUAAAGCUUAUGGAUUCUGAGAGACCAGUGAACAGGUUCCAUUUAAAGAAAAAGAUGAAGGUGUGGAGAGACUCUUUCCUAGUGGAAAGAGGUAAACUGCUGCAUAAGAGGGAGAAUGAGAAAGUAGAUGCCCAAGAAGAAAACUUUCUACCCAAAUACCAGCGUGUGAAAGACCUUUGUCAGCGAGCUGAGUACCAAACUGCUUGUGAACAGCUUGGCCAGAAAUGGCAGUGUGUGGAAGAUGCCAGUGGAAAGCUGAAGCUACACAAGUGCAAGGGACUGGCAAACUUGGCAGCUGCAGGCAACAGCAAAGGCACCUCCAAUAUUUUGCCUAAGUAUUACAACAGGAACAGUGAAGACUGCAAUUGUGAAGAGAAUGAAUACAAGCUAAGCCAUGUUGGACGGAGAAAGAAACUCUUCUCCAAGAAAAAAUACAAAUCCAGCUAUGUCCGGAAUCGCUCAGUCCGUUCUGUAUCUGUUGAGCUGGAUGGAGCCAUUUAUAACUUGGGUCUAGAGGAUGGCUACCAACCUGUCUUACCACGAAACAUCACCAAGAGGCACAAGAUGCAGAGGGAUAUUUUUCGUGAGGAGGAAGAUAAGGACAUGGAAUACAGUGGCACUGGUGGCAUUGCAGAUUAUACAGCCCCUAACCUCAUAAAAGUGACUCACAGGUGCUAUAUCCUGGAGAAUGAUACCGUGCAGUGUGACACAGAUCUCUAUAGGUCACUGCAAGCUUGGAAGGACCAUAAGCUGCAUAUUGACCACGAGAUUGAAACUUUGCAAAAUAAAAUAAAAAACCUGAGGGAGGUGAGAGGUCAUCUGAAAAAGAAGCGACCCGAAGAGUGUGACUGUAACAAGCUAAGUUACCAUUCAAAACAUAAAAGCAAACUGAGGCACAAGGGAUCUGGUCUUCAUCCUUUCAAGAAAUCCCUACAGGAGAAAGACAGAGUGUGGCUGCUGAGGGAGCAGAGACGGAAGAAGAAACUGCGCAAACUUCUCAAGAGAAUAAAAAAUAAUGACACGUGCAGCAUGCCUGGGCUGACCUGCUUCACCCAUGACAACCAGCACUGGCAAACUGCUCCCCUCUGGACACUGGGCCCUUUCUGUGCCUGUACCAGUGCCAACAACAACACAUACUGGUGUUUGAGGACAAUCAACGAGACCCACAACUUCCUGUUUUGUGAAUUUGCUACUGGAUUUUUGGAGUAUUUUGAUCUCAAUACCGAUCCCUAUCAGCUGAUUAAUGCAGUGAAUACACUAGACAGAGAUGUUCUCAAUCAACUGCAUGUCCAGCUCAUGGAAUUAAGAAGCUGCAAAGGCUAUAAACAGUGCAACCCCAGAACUAGGAACAUGGAUCUGGGACUUAAAGAUGGAAGCUAUGAGCAGUACAGGCAGUUUCAGCGUCGAAAGUGGCCAGAUGUGAAGAGACCAUCAUCUGCCAAGUCACUAGGACAGCUGUGGGAAGGAUGGGAGGGCUAACCUCCCCAGCUGCUGCACCUCCGUGAGGAUACAAACUGGCCAGAACUUGAAUCCAUGUACAGACUAAAUGCAAAUGUGUCUGACUUCAGAAAGAAUUAUAAUAUGAGCCUGGAGGACUGGAUAAACUUUGAGGCUGAAAUAGGUAGAAUGUUUGCACUGGUGAGUGAAUUAAAUAGAUGCAGCAAAAUUAUGGGAAAUGCUGUCAGAAAUACAGCUCUCUGAAAUCCACUAUUGUACCUGCUUUUUGCUUUGGAUUUAUACCUCACCUGCUUCACAAGGCAUUUUUACUUCAAGAAGACACCACUAACACUGACCCAGGAAUGGACAGAAGAGGAAAUAGAGCCUCAUCCCAAAGAGGAUUCCAUCCCAGGGGGCACAGUGCACACCACAACAGUGGAAGCAAACUUCAAAUUAUUUUCGUGUCAGCUGUAUCUUCAGAUGCCACAUGAAAAUUUUCAAAGCCCAAGUAUAACUAUAAAGGAAGAUUUAGAAAACAUGGAGGCUUUGACUUCAUACCUGGGUAAAGGUAAUUGUGGAAAAGGACCUUCAAGAGAUUCAGGAACUGAAGCAAGCAGCACUGAAUAUUCUCAACACCAUGGUAUUUCUCUGAUUUCCUCUGAGGCUGUUUUAGUUCUGUGUCAACUCAUCCAUCCUAUUGACACCUCUAGGAAAAUUAGAGAAAAUUUUGACUAACAGGACACCAGAUUUUUGAAGGGGUUGUGUAAAUAUUGAUCAAUAUACUGUUUGAAAAUGGAUUCCUUCAGAUUGUGAAGAAUUUUGUUAAUAAAAAAAGUGGACUGCCCAUACCAUUUCUUUAAAUGUUAAUGUUGCAUUAGUACAUUUCAGAAUUUAUCCAUUUUUUUAAAGUACUGAAAAAAUUCAGUAAAUGUACAUCUCAAAUUUUAGUGAAAUCAGAUUUGUAUUAAUUUUUUUUUAUGUGGUAAUAUUAUACUGUAUGUUCAAAGCCAAAACAGUUCCUUUGAGAAAGCAGCAUUUGCUUAGCAGUGUAACUUUCACAUUUAUUUUUUAAAAAGGCAGCUCCAAAAAGUUCAAUACUUGUAGCCAAUAAGGAAUAAUCUAGUUAUAGUUCAGUCUACAGAAAAGUAAAUAUUCUGAGUGACAGUUACUAUUUAAAGGCUUUUCAAGGGAAAAAAACCUUUCAUUUUACUAAGGAAGCACAGUGUACAGAACCUAUUUGAGUAUUUUCAUAAAGGAGAAUUAAUACAUUGCAGUACUGGCACUAGCAGUGGUAAUUUGUAUUUAUAAUUUUUUUUCAUGUUAAUCUCCUACCUGUUUUAAAGGCACAUGCAGGAGGGAGCUCAUGUGACAGCCUCGACCAACUGUGGCCUUCACUUUUAAACCAAGAAGUACUUUUUUCUUCAAGACACAAACUUAACUCACUUCUAGAAACAUAGAGUAAAAAUACAUCAUGGAAAUUAUUUUGAUGCCAUUCCUGGUUUUGCACAGUGGGAAAUUCAAGUGGAAUUACUUCACCAGGGAUAUAGGUAUCUGUUAUAACACUCCUGUGCUCAAAAAUCUACUUGAAUUUGGAAAUGGAGAAAAAACCCCUCAAAAAGUGGCAGUGAGGUCUUUCAUUGUAUGUGCUAAAUAGUAAAACUGGGAUGGAGUUUGUGUCACAUGUGAAUAUGUCAAAUACACUUCUCAAAAUUUUCUUGCAAGUUUUUUUUCAUUCUGGAGGUAAUACAUGAUUGUCUUAAUCUAGGCACAAAUCUUGUUUAUAGCCUGUUCCAGAUUUCAUCAAAGGAACAGCUGCUACCUCAUGAGAUCCUGGAUCAAUACAAAUAAGUAAAAAAAUAAUGAAUUUAAACUCACCAAUCAAAAUACAUUUUUGGUGCUUUCCAGAGAAAAGUGUGAGCAGAGAAAGCUUUUCAGAGAAAAGUGAGUAUACUAGAAAUAUGCAGAAAUACUAGAUUAGAUUUUAAAAAGUUUGCACUUACCUUUUUUGCAUCCCACCUGUAGUCUUUGCCAAGAUGAGAGUCUGACAAUCAAAGUCCUGCAGGGCCUGCAUCCCCACUCAGUCAGAAGCUUGAAAAGUUUCCAUGUCCCUUUAUAUAAAAUAUUAACUUGUGGGGCUUGCACAGGACACAAGAAGCAGCUGUUACUUUAUGAAAGGUAAGUUGAUGCCAAGUUAUUGGGAAAGCUCCCUCCUCUUCUUUCCACUCUGCUAAAGUCUGCUGUUUCAGUUGAAAAAAACAUCAAUUCAACUCUGAGUCAGUGCAGCUCCAGUUGCUAAAUGGGUCUCAAAGGUGAAAGGUCUAAGUUUGUCCCUCUGCUCUUACAGACAAACCUGGAAAAGUGUGAAUCUUUUACCAUCCUGACACAGUUAUCAGCCUUAAGACCUAAGAAAGCUAAUACACUAUGUCACCACAUUCUGAUUUUAAAUAGAAACCUUUAUUUACAUUAUUAUUAACAUCCAAACACAAAAAUCAGAAGAGCAGUAAUACCUUACAACCAACUCUUUUAUAAAUCACUCCCCAUGAUUUUUCUGUUCUGCAAAAUAAAGAUACAGAUAUUUCAAGCAAUACUUAUAAUGUAAACUAAACUUAAAUGCAAUUCUCAAUACUGUUUGCCUUCUCCUGAGAAGUUUUAAAAAUAUUGCUCUCAGAAUCACAUGGUUUCAUACUCACUGUAUCAUUCUGUCAUCUGGUAGUCUGCACAUAAAUUCUAAAAUAAAAUGUGUGCUAAUUGGUACAACAUUCAAAUAAUUUUGUCUUAUGACUGAAAAAUGGUCCUGAUUUUAUAACUUCAAAAGCAGUAUUUUAAGCC